UCUCUAUCUUUCCCAAUCAAUUUCCAAGACCCCAAUAAUUCCCCCUUCUCUCUCUCCCCCAAUCAAUUCCACUUUUCUCUCCAGAAAAUCAAUUCCCCUUCUCUCUCGUUCUUCUCUCUGUCAAUUCCCCAGACCCAUUGAAUUCCAAAGGCGGAGAGGCAGCAGAUCUAGGAUGGCACAGAGGCAGCAGGUCUGGGCGUCUGGCGGAUAGGCAGAGUCAGCGAAGGGAGGUGGCGACGGAGGCGUGGCCGGCUUCUUGUCUACCCCUUGCUCUGUUCUUGAUGGAGCGGCGGACGGCGCCUUCAUAGAUUCUCGCGGGAAGACGAAGGAGGAGGUCGGAAGAGCAACCGUUUGGGGGGAUCAGGGUGGGCCAGCCGUUGCCGUCGGUUAGCCGGUUAACCGCGGCUAGCCGUCGUCGGUUACUCGGCUAACCAACAACGUUCUUUCUGCCUCCAACAACCAACCGCGUUGCUUAAGGAUUGGUUUCCGGUUAUCUGAUAACUGGCGAUUAUCGGUUGUAACUGGCGAUUAUCCGAUAACCGGCAACCGAUCUGUCACCCCUACCAAUGGGUAUGCAAUUUAUAUGAAAAACAUUAGAAAUAUUGGUUAUUUCUAUUAUAAGACCAAGAAAACAAACAAUAUUAUGAUAAAUGUAGUUAAAUUUUAGAGAAAUUGAGGUUUUCACUAAUUAACAACUUUAUUAUAGCUAAAUUAUGAUGUAAUAAAAGAAAAUUCCUAUGUAAUUUGACUAAAAUUACAUGUAAUUUAGGCAAGAACGGGUCGAGAAUGGGGUGGAUCAGGGCAGUUCGGCUCGAUGAGAGUACCCAUGCCCCCCCCCCCCCCAAACAGGCUAAACAGGUCUGGUAAAAAGGGCCAGGUCGAAAUUGCCAUCCCUAAUUGUCGGGGAACCUUGGUAACUAGUAGAAAACCAUUAUGUUGUUAGUUUAUUCUUUACUUUGUUUUGUUAGUUUGUUUGGUUUUGCGUCUUCUUUUUGUUUUUGUUUCGUUUUGUGUUUUGUUAUCCAACUUUGUACGUCACGGGUUGUUGAGGUUGUAUUUUGUAGAACUUUUGUAUGCGAAGAAGGGAUUCUUUGAAGAUAUUAUCUCUUGAUAUAGAAAUUGAGAGAACCCUUCGAAAUCGGAGAAGAUUUGCAAGACCUCAAUCUCCACCAAUGGCGGAACAUCAAGCUCAAGUUCCACCAAGGCCUAGAACAAUGUGGUCUUAAUCUUGCCCGGGAAUUAAUGAUAUUCAGUCCCCAAUAGUGCACCCUAAUUUGACGGGGCAAGAGUGCGAUGUCACACCAGGUAUGAUUUCCAUGAUCAAGAACGAUUACCAAUUCAAGGGAGCAAAGGAUGAAAUACCUCAUCAUUAUGUGGAGGAAUUUCUGACUGAUGGGCUGAAUGUGAAUGAAGAUGUUAGGGAAUUGGUUCGCUUACGCCUUUUUCCCUUUUCACUUUCUGGAGAAUCUAGAAAGGGGUUCAUGAUCCAACCUCACCAUUCUCAUGGGAAGAGCUUUGCAAUAAAUUUCUGAACAAAUUCUAUCCCUCCUCCAAAACCGCAAGCAUGAGAGCUAUCAUCAACACGUUCAAGCAGAUGGAGCAAGAGACCUUGGGGAAAGCAUGGGAGAGAUUCAAUUUCCUACUCUAUAAGUGUCCCCACCAUGGUGUUCAAGAUAGGAGAAAUGUAUAGAUUUUCUUUAAGGUAAUCGAAAUCAAAGAGAAGAAUCACAUCUUGAUGACGGCAGGUGGAAAUUUGAAGAACAAGGAACCACUGGAUGUCCUGAACCUCUUGUAGGACAUGCGGAAAAUGAGCAUGAUUGGAAGGAAUUACAGAAAGGAAAGGAGUUAAGUCCCAUCUUAUUUUCAUCAAUUUCUCCAAUGGAUGAAGGGACCUAGAGGCCUUCACACUUGAUCAGGGUCAAGUUACAACCACUCCACCUCCACUAAAGCAAUCUUUUAAGGAGAAAUCGUCCUCGGAGGCAGAAAAUGGAGUACCCUUGCCAGCUUUGCAGUUAGAAUCAACCAACAGUAAUGGGAAUAUGGAGACCACUCCAAGGGAAAUAGAGGAUCUAGAAGUUUGCAUGUCAAAAUUCCAGGAAGUUGCAAGGGAGAGCUUUGACCGAACAAAGAUAGUAGAAUAACUUCUAGGGACUUCCAUGAACUGAAGAAGAACCAAGAACGAAGCUAGCGGCGGAAAAAGAAAAGACAAAAGAUGGGGAGAUCACUUCCCCCAACCCACCAAAAGUUGGGGAAUCGAUUAACAGAAAUUCACAGAGGAUGGAAACCCUGGCUACCGGAGAAAAAACUAGGUUGGGGAACAAGGUCUCUUCCUCACCUUACCCCUCCAGGUUCAGGAAUGACAUUUUGGAUAAUGAGUUUGCGGAGUUCUUAACCCUUCGGAAGUAAAUCCGGAUCGAAUCCCAUUUUUGGAUGUUGUGACUCAGAUUCCCAUAUAUAGAAAACAUGUGAUAAACUUGUUGACCAAGAAGGAGAAAUUGGGGGAGAUCUCGACUUUUGAUCUCAACGGUAUGGGCUCCCUAGUGCUUUAGAGCAAGCUCCCAAAGAAGAAGAACGACCCAGGGAGUUUCACUAUACCUUGCAUGAUUGGUGGUUUCUUGUUUAAGAAUGUUUAGCAGAUUUAGGGGCUCGUAUUAUGUCAUCCCCUAUCAAGUCUUUAGGAAGUUAGAUAUAGGUGAACUAGCUCCUACUCAAAUGAACAUCCAACUAGAUGAUAGGUCUAUUGUUUCAUAUUUCCAUCUGACUUUGUUAUCCGGGACAUACAUGGGGAUGUCGAUGCUCCUCUCAUUCUUGGUCCAUUUCUACACCAGCUAAAUCUGUUAUUGUUGUUCACAAUGGUAAAAUGCCACUAAGAUUACGGAAUGAAGAGGUCACGUUCACAAAUCAAGCUAGGGUACAUAUUAAUGAAGAGUCUAAUGAGUUUCAUUUUUUAGAAGAAUUACCUAAUUUGUAUAGUGUGCCUUCUAACGUGUUCCGUGAGUCUGAUGAUACUCUUGAACGAUGUCUUGUAGUAGGUACGGAGAUCGCAUAGGAGAUGAACUUAAACGAGCAACUAAAUGCAUUGGAUAACAAAAUUGGUGAAGAAGUGCAUGAGAAGAUGGAGCCUCUACCAGAAAUAAAGCAAAUUGCACCGUCAAUCGAAGAACCACCGAGUCUAGAGUUGAAGCCCUUACCUGAGCACCUUGAAUACGCUUUAUUGAGGGAGGACUCAAAGCUUCCGGUGAUUAUCAAUGAGAAUCUCACAAUAGAGCAGAAGUCAGCCCUCAUUCAGCUUCUAAGGAAACAUGUGAAGGCUAUAGCGAUGAAGAUAACAGACAUUCAAGGGAUCAACCCAUAUUUCUGCACCCAUAAAAUCAACAUAGAGGACACGAGCAAGUUGAUGAUUCAACCUCAACAUUGUCUUAAUCAAAACAUGGUGGAAGUGGUUAAAACAAAAAUAAUCAAAAUUCAUGAUGCAGGGAUCAUCUAUCCUAUUUCUGAUAGCACUAGGGUGAGUCCAACUCAAGUGGUUCCUAAGAAAGGAGGGAUGACGGUCGUCCCAAAUGACAACAACGAACUUAUUCCCACACAGACGGUCACAAGAUGGCGUGUUUGUAUCGACUAUCAUAGACUUAACGAGGUUACUAUAAAGGAUCAUUUCCCACUCCCAUUCCUCGAUCAAGUGUUGGAGCAACUUGUCGGUCAUGAUUACUACUGCUUCUUGGAUGGGAUGUGCAAUUAUUUCCAGAUUCCCGUCUCCCCAGAAGACCAAGAGAAGACUACCUUGGCCUGCCCCUUUGGAAGAUUCGCCUACAUGAGAAUUCCCUUUGGUCUCUACAAUACCUCUGAAACAUUCCAACACUGCAUGAUCGCUAUUUUUGACAAGUUGGUUGGGGAAAUGAUGGAGUUUUUCAUGGAUGAUUUUUUCUAUGUUUAGGGAUUCUUUUGCCCUUUGCUUUCGGAAUCUGGAGAAGGUUUUGGAGCGAUGUGUAGAAACUAACCUCUCACUCAAUCGGGAUAAAUGUCAAUUCAUGGU